AUGAAUAGAUUCCGGCCAGCCCACGACCUUGUGGACCCUGAGCCAUAUCUUGCCGUGUUGCCAGCAGACUACUACUUCCUGCAGCAAGUCGACGGCGGCGGUGACGGCGGCCACGAGCACGAGCACGAGCUGGAGCUGCUCGAGCUCGACUUCGAGGGCCGAGACCCUGCUCUGCUGCCUCUUGGCUCGCCACAGUCGCCCUCUGUCGGAUCUGUCUCUUCUGUCCCUUCUGCCUCUGGUGAUGGUGAUGAUAUCAACCUCGCAAUCUCAGACGAUGAUAGCGACAACGACGACGACGAGCAUCUCGAACUCGACUCUGACCUCGACCCUGACCUCGACCCUGAUUCUGAAUACGACGAGGACUACAACUACGACCACGAUUACGACAGUCCACCACAGCAGCCCUUGAUAGCCUCAUCACGCUCCCCUUCGCUUUCCGCCCCCCUCUCCCUUUCGCCGUCCCCGUCAGCCUCACCCGAUUCGCUCCUCCUCAACGACUCGGACUCGGACUCGGCGGCAGAUCUGGAUGCAGAUCUGGACGCAGACCCAAGGCUGCGUGGCUCUCCCCUGGUCGUGUCUGAUUCCACGGCUGCAUCUGCUUCCCCAUCCGACUCAGACCCAGACCCAGACCCAGACUCAGACCAAGACCAAGACCAAGACCCAGUAGACUUAGGCUUAGGCCCUGGUUCGGGGCCCUCUUCUUCACCUAACCCAGACCCACUUCGAGAUCGGCCCCGUCACCACUUGCAGGCUAACAGCAUUAACCACAAUCUUGGACUCUACGGGUCGCCACCCCGUCUGCCCCGUCCGCCCCGUCCUGCCCGUGCGAGCCAGACACCAGACAUCCACCCGAACCGUCGACUGCCAGGGCCUCCUCCAACCCUGAACCAGAAUAACCACCAGCACCAACACCAACACCAUCACCACCACUCACACCACCACGGUCGCGCCUUCGAUUACGACUCCGACUCCGACGACAGCGCUUCUUCUCCUCGCCCAACACGCCACCCCGACCGAUCCAGCAACCGAUCUCAUCCUCCUCCUGCUCUACCACUAGGCAAUUACCACUUCGGCGGCAGCAGACCUGACCUCGAUUACCAACCUCGCCCCCACCCUCGCCCUCAGCCCUCACCGGUUUCUCAACCCCGCCAUCCGUCUCGAAACUCACACCACGCCGAACUCGCAAGCCACGAGCGACAACCACAGCGUCAACCACAGCGUCCUCAUCGCCACCACCCACAGCAGUCGGCCUUGGUGGAAGUCCAAGAUCUCGAGGACCAGCACGAGGACGACGACCUGGACAUCGGCGAUUACGACCAUCAGGACGAUUUAUCGCUGCUAGAUCACCUACGCCUUCGGAGGGCUCGCAGGGCUGCACGGGCAGCCAGGGAGGCUGGACGCCAGCGCCCAGGCAGAGGCAACUGGAGGCCCCACAGGCCAGCAAGGAGGGCAGUGGCAGAACAAGAGCCCGGGGACUCAGGCCAGGAGGACUCAGACUACACUGGCAGCAUGGAUCAAGACGAUGAGCUCAUUGAGGUGGUGUAUCAGGGCCGAGCGCCUGCCCCUCCAACACCCCCACGCAGACAACAUCAACAACAAAGGCACCUGAGGGCUCAUAGGCAGCAGCGCCAACAGAACCAUGAACACAAUCACAACAACUUCCAAGGCCAGGAACUGAUGGAGCUGGACCAGGAAUUGGACUUGGGCCUGGGCCUUGAUCAGCAAGUCCCAGUGAUUGACCUGACAGAAGAGCCCGACAGCCCUGUCCUCCAGCGCCACCGACCCGUCAAUAUCCUUCGUCACAACCACGGCCAGAACCACGGCCAUAAUCACAUCCACAUAUCUGACGACGAGGAGGACGACGACGACAGCCCCCUGUACCAGGCACCUCGAAACCCGCGGAGACACAUGUCGCAGAAUGGGCGCAUGCCGUCACUCAACCGCAGUGACGGCAGCAUCCUCAACGGGAAUGCCGCCGCCGUCAUCGACCUCACCCUCGACUCACCAGACGACAACAUCCCCGCCGACCGCCGUCUGCCUCCACCUCCUGCUGCCGUUGUGGCACAUUUCGGUCAGCGUGUCAACCGCAACCGCCGCUUGCCCGGCCCCGCUGCUGCAUCUCCUGCUCCGGCUGCUGCUGCUCCUCCUCGCGUCCAGUACCAGGACUUCGGCCGCCACCUGAUAGGAUCGAUCCGUGGUCUACUCCCCGGCCUGCUCGCACAAGCCGUCAACAACCCCCGCGAAGCCGACGUUCAGUUCGUUGGAGCCGUUCCCGUGCCCGCCUUCCCAAUGAAUCCCAAUCCUCUCGCAGGCAACCCUCCCGAGUUCAACUACCAGGCUAAUGGCUUUGGUGGUUACGGCGGACGGCAGCCCACGCCCAAGCCUGACUUUCAGGCCCCACCUGCCCCCCGGGCAGGCUUCACCCGUGACACACGCGCUGAAAGCGGCGACGACGAGGACCUGGUCGUCGUCUGCCCCAGCUGUGACAACGAGCUGAAGUACUCUCCGGAUGACGAGGACGACAACCCACGUCCCGCAAAGAAGCCUCGUGGCAAGAAGGGUCAGGAGGAGCAUCACUUCUGGGCUGUCAAGAACUGUGGCCAUGUUUACUGCAAGAGCUGCUAUGACAACCGCAAGAAGCACAGCAAGGGCAAGGAGUCGGCAGCUGCCAAGACAGGCUUCCGCUUCCAGCCCAGCGAGACCUCCAAGUCGAUCAAGAUCUUCUGCGCCGUGGAGGACUGCCAGUCCGAGGUGUCUCCCAACAAUGCCUGGGUCGGCAUCUUCAUGUGA